CUUUCUUUCGCUCUCUUACGAUCCAUUUGUAGAAAGGAAAGGAAAGUAAAAGAAAGGAAAGGAAUCCCUCCCUAAUCUCGCACAAAUCCAGCGCCAAAUCACGGAUCUAAGCUUUUGAUUCUCUCUCUUUCUUCGCUGAUGAUCCCUAUUUGAUCUUUGCUGUUUCCCACUUUUAAUCGAUGAAUUUACAAGGGGGAAUUGAUUUUGAGCAGUUAAUGUUCAGCUUUAUGAAGGCAAAAAUAUAAAAAGACAGGAAGAGAACUUUUUUGAGAAAUGGCUUCAGUGGGAGUGGCACCUGCUGGUGCAAGAGAACCCAGUGGUCAUGCUGCAGGUGUUGACAAGUUGCCUGAGGAGAUGAACGAUAUGAAAAUUAGGGAUGACAAAGAAAUGGAAGCCACUGUCGUUGAUGGUAACGGGACUGAAACAGGGCAUAUAAUUGUGACGACUAUUGGUGGUAGAAAUGGCCAGCCAAAGCAGACCAUAAGUUACAUGGCUGAGCGUGUUGUUGGGCAUGGAUCUUUCGGAGUUGUAUUCCAAGCAAAGUGCUUAGAGACUGGUGAAACUGUGGCUAUAAAGAAGGUUCUUCAAGACAAGAGAUACAAGAAUCGUGAGCUGCAGACUAUGCGCCUUCUUGACCACCCUAAUGUUGUCUCUUUGAAGCAUUGUUUCUUUUCAACGACUGAGAAGGAUGAGCUUUAUCUUAAUUUGGUACUUGAGUAUGUUCCUGAAACUGUUCAUCGCGUGAUUAAACACUACAACAAGUUGAAUCAAAGGAUGCCUCUGAUAUAUGUUAAACUUUACACGUACCAGAUAUUUAGAGCAUUAUCAUAUAUUCAUCGCUGCAUUGGAGUGUGUCACCGGGACAUUAAACCACAAAAUCUUUUGGUAAAUCCGCAUACCCACCAAGUUAAACUGUGCGACUUUGGAAGCGCAAAAGUUUUGGUCAAAGGAGAACCAAAUAUAUCUUAUAUCUGCUCUAGAUAUUAUAGAGCACCUGAACUCAUAUUUGGAGCAACCGAAUAUACUUCUGCAAUUGACAUAUGGUCUGCUGGUUGUGUGCUUGCAGAGUUACUUCUUGGUCAGCCUCUAUUUCCUGGAGAUAGCGGGGUUGACCAGCUUGUUGAAAUCAUCAAGGUCUUAGGCACUCCCACAAGGGAGGAGAUUAAAUGCAUGAACCCCAACUACACGGAGUUCAAAUUCCCACAAAUUAAAGCUCAUCCAUGGCACAAGAUAUUCCACAAGCGCAUGCCUCCAGAAGCAGUUGAUCUGGUUUCAAGACUACUGCAGUACUCCCCUAACCUACGGUGCACAGCACUUGAUGCUUUGACCCAUCCUUUCUUUGAUGAGCUCCGUGACCCAAACACGCGCCUUCCAAACGGGCGUUUUCUUCCACCACUAUUCAACUUCAAAGCUCAUGAAUUGAAGGGAGUUUCAGUGGAGAUUCUGGUGAAGUUGAUCCCGGAGCACGCAAGAAAGCAGUGUUCCUUUCUUGGCUUGUGAUCAAUGUGAAAUGUAACAGAAUCUGCUGAGCUGAUUGUACCAAAUGGAUGCUAUGCCUUGUCGUUUGUCUAAUAUUUGUUGUUCCCUGUCUAUUUAAUGUACCUUGAUAUAUUAUCACCUUGUUCUAUAAAAGCAGAUAUCUAGCAUGUAUUCUACUUUAAAAUAUCUUUGCCCAAACCUCAAUGGGUAUUAUGAUUACCCUGUUGCUGUAUCUCGGAGAUGUAACGACAGAUAGAAGAUGAACAUGAGCAUUCUAUAACGUUUGUUUGUGUUGGUUUUUCUAGUAGACAAUCUGUGGGAAUUUGUUCUAAUGUUCUCUGUAAUGGUAUUUCCAAUGUAGGUUUGUUGAAUUUGGCCGUUUCAGUUGGUGCAAGAUGAAAAUGUUGAUCGUCUUUUAGGUUUGUUUUGUAGCAUGUAACUAGUUUUGGUCUUAGCUAUCCGUUAUGAAUUAGUUUCUUGUCUGCUCUAGCCCAGUAAUAAAUUUACAGAUUGAACCUUAUUUGUUGUAA